AAGUAGUGGACUCAGUGAAUUACCUGAGAGAUGAGCAAACCUCUUCAUUGAUUUCUGUUGUACUGAAAUCCAAACCUCUUAUGUUAGGAGCUAUUUAGAUCUUUGCUUUGAAUCCAGUUUUAGCAUACACAUAGUCAUAGACUCUACACACUGUCCUAUAGACUUAGGUCAACACACACACUUAUUGUUGACCUACUCGGGCUGUGUUACACAUCUAGCUCACACAUUUCUGCAUCAGUUGGUUACUUGUGUCUACCUGAUGCUGGCAUACACAUCUGUUAGUUUGAAUUCCAAUCUGACACAGCUGUUUAUUUGAUUACUAUUCAGCAUGGGAUUAUCUUAGCAUAGUAACCAUCUUUUUGUCUUAAAAUUUUAGAAAGUCAAUGUAUCAUGUAGAUCUAGUCAGUGACUGUUCAUUUCAGAUCAAUUUCAGCAGUGGACUAGAAAAAAAGUGUGAAAUAACAUUUUUUUUUUAAAUUACUGAAUAUGGCUGACGGACCAAAGUCAAAUACAAGUGCUGAUACAGAUGUUAGUCUAGAUUUCCUGACUAAAGAAGCUAAAGAGGCUCUGUUAUCUAAAAAGCUGGAUAUGAUACGUCAAAAAAAUAAAGUUUUGACAGAACGUCAUCAGCUUAUUGAAGCAGAUAGAAAAAAGGCAGAAGAGUCUGGUCAAGCUGUCAAACUUGCAAUUGAUAGUCAGUUAGUUCCUGCUGAAGGUGCAGUGAAGAGCAGAGGUCGUGGAAGAGGUCAAACUCAUCAAAAAGAUAUGAACAAAGUAGGAAAAGAGCGCCCAAAAUCUUCAGGGGAUUAUCGUGACUCCUCUAAUUAUGAACCAAUAGUAGACACUUCCGACUUAACAAAUUACAGACUUGAUCAUAAAGGUAAAGGCAGAGGUUCCCAUCACUUUGAUGGCCAGAAUUCAGCACAAAAAAACAAGAGGAAGCCAGCCAGUAAAGAGGAAGCUUCUUUGUCCAACUUUAAAUAUGAUUAUGAGCCGAUUGUAAAUAUCUAUGACUUGGACAAAAGAUUUGGGCUCACGUCUAAUUCUUCAGACAACUUGAGGACCACUCCUGUGAGAGACCUUUAUAAGUUUGGCUAUAUGCGUAGUGAUAAAGAUAGUAGAAAUGAAGGUGGCACACAUCAUAGAGUUGAUGUUAAACAAACUAAAACUGAAAACAGAGGGAAUAGACAAAAAAACUCCAGUGAAACUGAAGUGAGUUUAACAAGAACUGAAACAGAUGUCACUACAAACAAUUUUUUGGAAAAUUCCAGAGCAUAUAAAGGAAGACUUAAAGACAAUGAAGGACCACCUCCUGAUCCUUCAUUUAACCCAUUAGCUGAUCGUAGGCGCAGUGAUAAGAAGGAUGAAUCAGUAGAACAUCGCAGGCAUCCCAGAAACUAUGGAGGAACUGCAGAUCUCAACCGAGUAAAGCAAACAAUGAAGAACACAAGAGAGAAGGAAAAAGAAGGCCCAAGUGUAGCUAAACCAUUAGAACUAGUGAUGACAGGGAAAGAAAGAAGAAACCAUGAAGAAUGGAAAGCUGAAAGAGACAAAUAUGACCAAGAACGUAUUUUAAGGUCACAGAACUCUGGCGGCAGUUGGAAGAGAGCCUGGGAUGUAGAGAAAGUCAAUCAGGACUCUGAAGAUUCUUUCAACUAUCGACUUGAGCCAGGAAAACGUCCAGCUGGUCGAAUAGGUAGUGGUCGAUUUGACAGGGGAGAGCGAGAUGAACGUCCAAGAAGUGCCAUUCUAGGGAAAGUCUCUGCUAUAGGUGGUCUGCAGCCAACAGAACAUGUACCACAAGCACGUCCUCAGCACCAUGUAGAGCCAGUGACUGGCCCUGAUGCUAAAAGUGUGCGUUCUUGGGGAAGAGGUAGAGGUAGAGGAAGAGGCCAUGGAAACACACCUGGAGAAAAGUCUCCACGACCUAGAACCUGGUCAGGUGGUGAUGACCGUUUUGUGGAAUGUCAGAAGGAGUUACUUCUAGUUAAAUUUGAUAACACUGCUGGUGAUAACAGUGUUGAGGUGGAGUAUGAUGAUGUGCCUCAUAAAGCAUCCCACAGAGCAGCUCCCGCACUUAAUCACACUUCUACAACUUCACGCAGAGGACCUACUGGACGAACACCCAAUCAGCUGGAGAAACAAUCACCUGGAAAAGCACACAAGGAAAAAAAAAGUCAAAAAUCCAAAGAAAUAAAUGCUACUAAUGGUGUGCCUGCUGAUACCAUAGUGAUCCAAGCUAAGGAUGAAGUGCCUUUACCAGAACUUGAAACAUCUCGAGUAAGAACCUCUUCAUACUCACAAAGUUUUGGGGACAGUGAGGAGUGGGAAGAUUGUACAGAAUCAUCUGGUGCUCAAGAAGAAGCUGAAGUUCCUGAACAAGAUCUUCAUUUGGAGUGCAGACUUAAUCCAGAGGCCCCUGAGUUUCUCCCUACUUCCCCUGAUUUCAUGAAAACACCACCAGGUCAUGUGAAGGUAUUGAACUGGGCAAGUGACACUUCUCCUCGAGCAACCUCACAAUCUUCCUGUAGUCUUCCUGAAGGCUCUGCUUCUGUCCAGGCCUUGGAAGAGAAAGAGUCUGAUCAGCCUUUUAAAACUAGUGAUUCUACUAGUCAGAAUGAUGAAGAAGAAGAUCAGUUUGAGGAUUCACAUGAAAGUAGCAAGGUAGAAGAAGAGAUAUUCCAGCAAGCUUCCAAUGAGAUUGUAACUCUAGUUGAAGAUAAAAUACCAAGUAGUAUAAUAGAGCCUAACCAAUCAAUCAGCACCUCAGAAGAACACUUACCUAGGGAGAGUUUCAAUUCUGGUGAAACCACAGAGGAUUUUGUUGCUAAUAGUUCAGAAAGUACUUCUGCUCAAGCCAUUCAAGAGCUCAUUGCCAAUACCCCAGGAAGUACUUCUGGUCAAACAACUCAGGAGCUCAUUGCCAAUACCCCAGGAAGUACUUCUGGUCAAACAACUCAGGAGCUCAUUGCCAAUACCCCAGGAAGUACUUCUGGUCAAACAACUCAGGAGCUCAUUGCCAAUACCCCAGGAAGUUCUUCUGGUCAAACUACUCAGGAGCUCAUUGCCAAUACCCCAGGAAGUUCUUCUGAUAAAAUUGAGGAUAUCAAUAUGAAUUCUCCAGAAAUUUCAUCUGGUGAAACUACCAAGAGUAUUGAUUAUAGUAUCCCAGGAAAGUCUGGUAAAAUUACAGAGGAUAUCAUCACUAGUAACCUAAAUUGUUCUUCUGGUCAAACCACAGAGAUAAUCAGGUCAAGUCAACCUGCUACAGAAAUUUCUGAUGUAAUAAAUACUGAGGACAUGGUUCCUAGUAGCUCAGAUAAAUCUUGUGAUGGUGCAAGCAUAAAGGAUAUCAAUGCUUGUACCCCAGAUGACACAAAGUGUACCCCCCAAGUAUCAGCCAUCUCCACUGCUGAAACAGAAUCAUCUUCUUCAUGAACCAAUCUUGAUCCAAGGCCCACACCAUGGGGACAAGAUUGUUUUCGACAUAAUAUCAUGGGAGUUCAUCAAGAAGAGACUAUUGGAAUACUUAACCACACUCAACUCUUGACCUCCUUGUGAAGAGAAACUACUAGUUUCUAACCAAAGCAACUGUCCAAAUUGUAGUGAAUUUUUAUUUUUCUGUAACAUAUUCAGUGGUUUUGUUUUGUUCUGACAUGCUGUUUCCUUGUGUCACUGUCCAAUAGCAACUAAGUCCUUGAUCAUAAUAUUUUAUUGUAUUUUAGUUUGUAGUCUGGGUUUUCUCAAGUUUAACAUUGCUAAAGAGUCCUUUUAAAAAAAAUCAACUAAUAUUCAUUUUUCUUUUUUGUUUUUACAUUUUCUAUGAGUAGACUUUUGAGGUGUCUAUGUGCAUGAGCACUAAAGAUACUUUUCUAACUUAUGUCAGUUUGUGGUGUCUUAUCAGUAUGCUUUCAAGUUAAAUAGGCUACAGCAAAGAAUGUUCAAUUGCGAUUUAUAAUUUCAAAGCAAUUAAGAACCAUGCACACACAAAACUUUAUACAGAUCUUUAAUGAAAUGAAAAUGUUUGUCAGACAUGACCUUGAUAGUCCUUGAAGUCAAUAUGUUUUGAGCGUGACUGACACAAAUAGCUGACAUGACUCUUGUAUAGAUCUUUCUAUUGACAUGAUCACACAUCACUUUUUACAUGAUCACAGCAGUGUUUUGGUUCACGCUGAACGCUAUUUUUGGUGUGAAUGUGAACUCUCUAUUUACACUUGUCUACUGCCAUGAUCACAGCAGUGUUUGGUUCACGCUGAACUCUCUAUUUACACUUGUCUACUGCCAUGAUCACAGCAGUGUUUGGUUCACCCUGAACUCUCUAUUUACACUUGUCUACUGCCAUGAUCACAGCAGUGUUUGGUUCAGCUGAAUCUCUAUUUACACUUGUCUACUGCCAUGAUCACAGCAGUGUUUGGUUCACGCUGAACGCUAUUUUUGGUGUGAAUGUGAACUCUCUAUUUACACUUGUUUACUGCCAUGUCUACUGCCAUGAUCACAAGGUUGUUUGUAUCCAGGUCUUUGUGUUCAGUGCUAGAACUCUUUCAAAUGGGAAACACUUCUGGAGACUUGUCAAUCAUUUACUUUGUGCUCUUUGUAUUGUUCUUGCCUUGGAGCUGACUAGUGGUGUGCUACUGUCCCUGUAGUGGUGUCACAGUGUGGGGACAAACUGAGGAGUUCAUGGACUAAGGGGAAAGAAGGCUUGAUGGUGUCCUUCACUCCACCUAGUACCUUGCCUUCAAAUGUAGGUGGUUGGUCAUAGUUCUGGCCUUAGAACACUCUCAUCACAGUUUGACCACAUCCUCUCCAUAAACCACUAAGUCAGAGUCUAUGUACAUAGCAAAGAAUUGGUGUAACCCUUUUUUUUUUCUAGGCAUAUUUUAUAAAAGUUUAAUAGUUUAGUCAAAGUUUGAUUCUUGUUUCCACUAGCAACUAUACACAGAAUUGUGUAGACUUAAUACACAGCAUGGUGCAAUGAAACCACAGUCAAUUAGUGAAGAAUUCAAAUAUCUUGUGUUUUGUUCUAUUGUCAAUAAAUUGUAACAUCCUUUGCUAUAUGAAUUAAAAUGUCAUUUGAUGA